GUCGACAGCCGAGGUGUAAAAGCUGUAAAGAGUGCACUUUCUUUUAUCGUUUCCAGCCGUGCUAUCGAAAUUUAAAACUUUAAAUUCGUUGCUGUGGGUUUUGUGGCGCCAGCGGCGGCGUUAUUUUGAGUUCAUGGACAAAGACAAGUGUAGCGAUAUUCAUGGUCAGUGCUCCUGGAUGGACAUGCAUCAGUUCCUCGGUGACCUUAUCACAUCUGGAAACUCCUCAAAAAAUCCGCCAGAUGUGCUUAAUGCAGCAUGGGGCGCGGCAGGCGGUGGUGCUGCUGAUGGUGCUCUUGGGUUCAAAGCUACAUCGCUUGAGCCACUUAGACCUGUUCAGGAAAAGACGGGUGCAGGGGCAUCACAGAGGGCGAGGGAGACCAGAGACCGGAGAGAAGCUUUAGAUCUGCAUCAUGCCUGCACCUGCCCUGGCUGCCCUUUCUCCAGUCCCCCUCCUUCAUUUCAGACCCUAACAUCCAGACAGCCUCUGUCCUUGCUGCCACACUCGGAGACCAUAUCCCACCCAAAAGAUCUCAGUAUUGCUGGUCCAGUGAGCCUUAGCAUGUGUUUACCAGACUCCACCUUACCCAGCAGCACCACCACCACUACAUCUGAGCUAGAGACCGCCCUGCCCAGCCGAUCACAGAACGAGGAUGUAGACAGAGGGACUCAGAGCCAGAACCAAAACUCUGAUGUGCCUCCUUCGAGAGCGUCUUUGUCCCAUCUUUCUAUGUUUCCCCACUUGUGUUGUCACCCCGGCCUGCAAACGUGUACCCAGACACUAGGCCGCCAGGAGGGCACAGACUCCCCCUUUUCUCACACCCACGCUCACCAUCACUUUCACCACCACCACUGCCCUUUAACGUCCUGUUUACCCUGCCCCCAGCUCGCCCACUCGCACUCUGCUCGGCUCUCUGGCGCUUUUCCAUGCUUGUCUUGCCCUCACUCCUUUCAUGCCUGUAAUCAGGUGUGCCACCGCCAGCACAGGCAAGCACAGCAGCAGGAGGAGAGGGGUAGGACUUCUACAACCUUGCUGUCGUCACUGCAUCCCUGCAUGCACUGCUCCGCCUCAUUUUCUAGACCGUCCCAGCUGCUACAACACCAGCGCUCCGAGCACGCCCACAAACCAGCCGGGUUCAUUUGCACAGAGUGCGGUAGGGCCUUCAAUUCACACAGCAACCUCCGCAUACACCUCAAUGUGCACACUGGUGCACGGCCCUACUCCUGCUCCGACUGUGGGAAAAGUUUCAGCCAGUCUGGAGCGCUGAAGAUCCACAGGCGGAUUCACACAGGUGAAAAGCCAUAUUCAUGUGGCUUCUGUGGCAGAGGUUUCCCCCAUCUGGCAGGGGUGCGUGCCCACCAGAGGACGCACACGGGAGAGAAGCCCUACCGCUGCAACCAGUGUGGCAAGUGUUUCACCCAGUCAGGAGCGCUAAAGAUCCACACUCGCAUCCACACAGGAGAGAGACCCUUUAUCUGCAGCAUCUGUGGCAAGGGCUUUUCCAACCGCUCCGGGAUCCGUUUCCACUACCGCACAGUCCACGGGCUGGCGCCUGAGGUCACAGGGGAGACCGGAGGCAUGUACCGAGGACCCACAGGUCGUGCUUGUCAGCCCGGGCGCCCCAGAACUACACCUCCAACCGGCGCCGCGUUAAAUGCACCCAGCAGUCCAGGUAUCGACUCACACGCAGUUCCGAAUACUCGGGAUUCCUCAGAUUUAAUUGCUUCUCAUCCCGCCUCUACACCGAUCAGUGGGAACAAGGGAAAAUCUCAGCCAGAAGGAGCAAGAGAGGGGCUGCCGUAUGCAUGCGAAGACUGCGGCCUGCGCUUUAAAGACGCACCGUCCAGGAACAGACACCAAUCUCUGGUGCAUUACUCCCAUGAGGGAAGAGAGGAGGAGGGGCAGAGGGAAGAGUUCAGCACAGAUGCUGAAAGUGAAAGAGAGUAAAUUACUGCGGCUGGUAGAUUAUAACAGACUGAACAUCUUAUGGAAUCUGUUCUCUAAGCAAAACUGCUUUCAAAUUGGAAAUUCAGUAAUAUUGCACUCCUUUUUAAGUGUUUUUCUGAUAUUUCACACUAGGGCUGCCACGAUUAGUCGACUAGUCACGAUUACGUCGACUAUCAAAAUCGUCGACGACUGAUUUAAUAGUCGACGCGUCGUUUGAAGCUUUGUAAGACCACAAAAGCCGCAGGAAUAAGUAGUAGGAUUUAAGAGUGUAAUAACGGACUGAAACAGAAGAUGGCAGCACUGCAUGUACAAGGAUGCCAGCUGCCGUUAAACCCCGAAGAAGAAGAAGUAGCUCUAUCCCAGAAUUCAUAGCGCAGCCCAGCUCAGUUUCCAACAAUGGCGGCAGCUAGUUAGUUUUAAUAUUACUCUUAUUAUUCUUUCUGGGUCACAAAAUAAACGUUUAACAUAUUUUCAGGCGAGAAUGUAGCUGUGUAAACCUCAAAUAUCUGCUCAGUUUAUCAAGACACCACAUAUUUUCAAAAGCGCUCCGACGUUUUCGGAGACGUCUGUUACCCACUAGCUCGAUAGCUAGCCGGGGGCAAGGCUCACUAGAGCCCGUGAGAACACAGGACUCCCGGCAAAUCGUUUUCAAACCCACCGCCGUCUUUCGCUACUCAGGUUAAAAGUGAUAUAUAAGUCACUUAGAUAACUUAAAAAUGUUAUUGUUUGGCUUUUUUUAGUAUUUUAUUUGUUCCUGAGUAAAUCGGUUUGGCUGAGAUUAAAGUUAUAGUUUUUACACAGCUGAAUAAACGUCAAGCAGACAACUGAUUAUCAGAAGUGUGAGAUGCUGGAGAAUAUACUCCGGUGUCCUGUUACAUUUUAGAUAGCAAGGAGCAGACGGCUGAGUUUAUUAAACUUCACCUAAACAAUCUGCAAAUUUCAUUAAAAUUUAAUAAACUAUCAUCUUGUCUUUAUUUUUAGUUAGCACAUACCUGAAACACUUAAAGCUGUAAGCUAAUGAUAGUUAUAUAAGAGCAGAUGCUGCUGGUGCAAUAAGCUGUACGUUUUACGUCCAAUGGAUGCAUGACCUGAUUAGUCGACUAAUCGCGAAAAUAAUCGGUGACUAGUCGACUAUCAAAAUAAUCGUUUGUGGCAGCCCUAUUUCACACUAAGAUUGUGCUGAAACUCAACGCUAAACCUUUUCUAUUUAAACACAACCACAGUUUACUUUUAUAAUUCAUGUAUUUUUUUUUCUAUUAUCCAUCAGCUUUUCAGUCCUGAUGUAUGUGAGUGAAGUGUCGUGUAUGUACAGAUUUACCCGUUACAUUUUAGCAGUCCUUUAUAUAUCCAGGUUAAAAAAAAAAUCUAAUUUCCACGAGAGCCUGAUGUCCAUCCAUCACACACAC